UCAGAGCGGGAAAGAGAAACCUGGGCCGGCCGCCCGUCCUCCUUCCCCUUUCACUUCCCAGUUCGCCGCGCUGGUAGCUGCGGCGGCCCCAAGCAGAGCGGGAAGGGGGCGGCUCCCAGCCACCGCCUUCUGGGGGCGGGGGUGGGGCACGUCCUAGUCCCCACCGGUCCUUAAAACCUUGUUGGAAUGGGCAGCUCCCCGCAAGACUUGCACUCCCGCUCUGCCAGGUUGCCCCUGAGCUAGGCUGCUCCCUCCAUGUCGCUCCCUGUCCCCAGGCCUCCUGCAGAUGCAGCUGAUCCUGCACUACGAUGAGACCUACCGUGAGGUGAAGUACGGCAACAUGGGGCUGCCCGACAUCGACAACAAGAUGUUGAUGGGCAUCAACGUGACGCCCAUCGCCGCCCUGCUCUACACGCCUGUGCUCAUCAGGUUUUUUGGCACCAAGUGGAUGAUGUUCCUGGCUGUGGGCAUCUACGCCCUCUUUGUCUCCACCAACUACUGGGAACGCUACUAUACACUUGUGCCCUCUGCUGUGGCCCUGGGCAUGGCCAUCGUGCCUCUUUGGGCCUCCAUGGGCAACUACAUCACCAGGAUGGCACAGAAGUACUAUGAGUAUUCCCACUACAAGGAACAGGAGGAGCAGGGACCCCAGCAGCGCCCACCGCGGGGCUCCCACGCACCCUAUCUCCUGGUUUUCCAAGCCAUCUUCUAUAGCUUCUUCCAUCUGAGCUUCGCCUGUGCCCAGCUGCCUAUGAUUUAUUUCUUGAACUACUACCUGUAUGACUUCAACCACACACUAUUCAACGUUCACAGCUGUGGUCAGUCCUCAUAUGGGGGAUUGAGGUCCCCCAACUCUGCUCACCUCCCUCAUCUGGAGGCUGCCAGCACUAACAGCCAAGGCAUCCUCAACGGCUUCAACAAGACGGUUCUGCGAACGCUACCGCGGAGCAAAAACCUCAUCGUGGUGGAGACCGUGCUCAUGGCGGUGGCCUUCGUGGCCAUGUUGCUGGUGUUGGGCCUGUGCGGCGCUGCUUACCAGCCCACCGAGGAGAUCGACCUGCGCAGCGUGGGCUGGGGCAACAUCUUCCAGCUGCCCUUCAAGCACGUGCGUGACUUCCGCCUUCGCCACCUUGUGCCCUUCUUUAUCUAUAGCGGUUUUGAGGUGCUCUUCGCCUGCACCGGUCUUGCCCUGGGCUAUGGUGUGUGCUCCAUGGGGCUGGAACGGCUGGCCUACCUCCUCAUUGCCUACAGCCUGGGAGCCUCGGCUGCCUCAUUCCUGGGUCUUUUGGGACUGUGGCUGCCACGCUCAGUGCCCCUGGUGGCUGGGGCACUGCUGCACCUGCUGCUUGCCGUCAGCCUCUUUUUCUGGGCCCCUGUUCCUCGGGCCCAGAAACACAACUGGAUCUUUUAUGUGGCAGCUGUUCUCUGGGGUGUAGGCAGCGCACUUAACAAGACAGGACUAAGCACACUCCUGGGAAUCAUGUACGAGGACAAGGAGAGGCAGGACUUCAUCUUCACCAUCUACCACUGGUGGCAGGCCGUGGCCAUCUUUGUGGUGUACUUGGGCUCCAGCCUGCCCAUGAAGGCUAAGCUGGCUGUGCUGCUGAUCACACUGGUGGUGGCUGUGGCCUCGUACCUCUGGAUGGAGCAGAAGUUGAGUUGCGGGGUCCUCCCGCGCCAGCCACGCAUCCCCCGGCCUCAGCACAAGGUGCGUGGCUACCGCUACCUGGAAGAGGACAACUCUGAUGAGAGUGACGGCGAGGGUGAGCGUGGUGGAGACCGUGGCCGGGUGGCCUGUAUGGAGGAGGAGGAGCUGCAAGGGAGGCUUCCCUCAGGCCCAGAGCCUGUAGGCCUCUGAACAGGCACUGGGGGGCCUGGAGGACCCCAGGAACCGACGAAGCCUUUUGCCUUCCUGCUUGUCACCCUCGAACUUGGUCUGCACACUGGGAUCAGGGACAAGAGCUUAGAGCUUAAAGCUUUCCUCUUCUGGGGCCACACAUGUACCUGGCAAGACCUACCUGUGUACAACCCUUGCUUACCUGGGCACCAUGGUAAACAAGGUCUCCACUAGGGGGCAAGCAAGGACCUGGGUACUGUAUAGUGCCCCUCGGAUGUUCUGGGGUGCUGGGGUGGGACCAGUGCAAAGGUACAGGAGUCACAGGUGGGAGAUCAGCAGCCCAGGCCCCAGGUAACACCUGUCCCCUGCCUGUCCUGUCCUAAUUGCCUGCAGCACUCCAUCUCAGGUUGAGGGUGCUGGGUCCCCUUUGGGUCCUUCCCAUUGGCAAGAAUGACCCUCUGUCCCCUCCCCUAUGUUCAAGACUGCCCCUUCGGAGUCACCUGGAGCUUCCACAGCCCCCUCCAGGGCAAGGCAGGCCCUGUGACUAUGAGGGGCUGCUACCCAGGACCUUACGCAUCAGCCCUUGGGCCAGCUCAGGGAAGAGACUAUGGCUCCGGCCCACUGUACCACCCCUUCUCGGCUGCAGGCCUGGAUCGCUUGUGACAUGCUUUGCACCUCCCACCUCAGGGUCUUCUCAGAAGCAUGACUUUUUAUAGAAAGUGAAAAAUAAAGAGAUUUUUGUAUAUUCCUGAUUGGGGAAUCUGGGGUU